CACGUGACCCGCUCCUGCACGCGGCAGGUUGGACAGACAGGUGAGAGACAGGUAAAUAUCGAGUUUAGUGUUUACAUGUUAGAAAGUUUUACCUGAAGAAGAAACGGAGCGGAGAUCCUGAACAACGUGACCCCAACGUUUCAUCAACUUCCGGGUGAAAGGUUCUUUUUCCGGUUUACGGAGUGUUGUAGAGAACAACGAGAGGAAAUAAAACCCGGGAAAACAGCGAUAUCUCACCCGUCAAGUCACCUGUGUGACGUCAGAGACACCUGUCGGAGCUGCAGCCUGAAGAUGUUACGGAGGAAACCGACUCGUCUGGAGCUGAAGAUUGACGACACCGAGGAGUUUGAGAGCGUGAAGAAAGAGCUGGAGGCGAGGAAGCGCCAGCGAGAGGAGGCGGAGUCAGGAGUGGGCGGGGCCUCUGUCAUCAGUGUUGACAUCAUCGGGGGUGGGGCUUCAGGCUCCUCCUCUACAGCGGCGGGGAGGGCGGAGCUUAUCAACGAGCGAAUCGGAUACAAGCCCCACCCCAAACCGGCCACGCUGCCCACCUUGUUUGGAAGUUUACAGUUUUAGAAAAUACAUAAAAUGUUUCAUCAAAA